CAAACAUCGGGUUCUCCGCGCUGUCAAGUCUCCCCCCUCCCACCCCCCUUUUCUUCGCUCUCUCUCUCUAUCUACCGGGGCUUUGGAUUCUUGCGAUUUUCAAGAUCCUAGUCGUAAGCCUUCCAAGUCAACUUGAUUCAAGAUGGACCGCACAAUAGCGCGAGCGGUGACGGAUAAGAAGCCAGUCCCGGAGAUUGACUUCACCUUACAUACCAUGGAAGAUGGCACCCAGGUGUCCACCAUGGAACGGGUUGUAAAAGAGGUACAAGCGCCAGCAUUACAGACGCCGACGGACGAACAGUUCUGGUCCCCUGAGGACCCUUCCAAGCCAAACCUCCAGUUUCUGAAACAGCACUUUUAUCGUGAGGGUCGUCUCACCGAAGACCAGGCGCUAUGGAUUAUACAUGCGGGUACGCAGUUGCUGAAGGCAGAGCCGAAUUUGCUCGAGAUGGAUGCCCCUAUCACAGUGUGUGGCGACGUUCACGGACAAUAUUACGAUUUGAUGAAGCUUUUCGAAGUCGGCGGCGACCCCUCUGAGACGAGAUAUCUAUUCUUAGGCGACUAUGUUGACAGAGGUUAUUUUAGCAUUGAAUGUGUUCUCUACCUCUGGGCCCUGAAGAUCUGGUACCCGAAUACGCUCUGGCUGCUGCGAGGUAACCACGAGUGCAGGCAUUUGACGGAUUACUUCACCUUCAAACUGGAGUGUAAGCACAAAUACAGCGAGCGCAUCUAUGAGGCCUGCAUUGAAUCCUUUUGCUCCUUGCCGCUGGCGGCGGUCAUGAACAAGCAGUUCCUGUGUAUCCACGGUGGCUUAAGUCCUGAGUUACACACAUUGGAGGAUAUCAAGUCGAUUGAUCGUUUCAGGGAGCCUCCGACUCAUGGCUUGAUGUGCGACAUUCUUUGGGCUGAUCCUCUGGAGGAAUUUGGUCAGGAGAAGACUGGGGACUAUUUCGUCCACAACAGUGUUCGAGGAUGCUCCUACUUCUUCUCGUACCCUGCCGCCUGCGCUUUCCUGGAAAAGAACAACCUCCUGUCGAUUAUCCGUGCCCACGAGGCUCAGGACGCCGGAUACCGCAUGUAUCGGAAAACAAGAACCACCGGAUUCCCCAGCGUGAUGACGAUCUUCAGUGCGCCUAACUAUUUGGAUGUGUACAACAACAAAGCUGCUGUCCUGAAGUACGAGAACAACGUGAUGAAUAUCCGUCAAUUCAACUGCACACCUCACCCAUACUGGCUGCCAAAUUUCAUGGAUGUGUUCACCUGGUCUCUUCCCUUCGUCGGUGAGAAGAUUACCGAUAUGCUGAUUGCUAUCCUUAACACCUGCUCUAAGGAGGAAUUGGAAGAUGAUACCCCUACGACCGUUUCACCUACAGGCCCGCCCUCGCCCCCUGUCCCGAUGGACGUCGAAUCCAGUGAAUUCAAGCGACGUGCAAUUAAGAACAAGAUCCUUGCCAUCGGUCGUCUUUCACGAGUCUUCCAGGUGCUGCGUGAGGAGUCCGAAAGGGUCACGGAACUUAAGACAGCAACCGGUGGUCGCCUUCCCGCAGGUACUUUGAUGUUGGGUGCAGAGGGAAUUAAGCAGGCCAUCACGAACUUCGAAGAUGCCCGUAAGGUUGACUUGCAAAACGAGCGUCUGCCCCCGAGUAGUGAAGAAGUUUAUAAGCGGAGUGAGGAGGAAAGACAAGCUGCCCUGGAGCGUGCUCAACGUGAGGCAGACAACGACGCCGGAUUGGCUACCGUGGCUCGACGAAUUAGCAUGUCUGCGGGCACGGGCAGAAGCCGGCGGCAGCGAGAUGCCGCUCGAGAGAGUCGAGAAGCAUGAGCAAAGAUUACUAUCAUUAAGCAUUCCACUUUGAUUUUGCGCUUGCUCAAUCCGUCUUUCUCGGUGUGCAAAUAUUGAUCCACUCCUGUAUAAAGCGCCUCUGAGUCGGACGAUAUAACGAGGAGCUUUUCCUCUGGCGAACGGCCCAGCUA